AUGAACCCAUCGCAAAAGCUGGUCUGUAAUGCGAUAAAUUGGCCACGCACACUCAGCGUGGCAUUCCGACAUUUGGCCAAUCAGAUGCAGCCCUGGACACUCGGGCCAUGCAUGCGCACACCUGGAGUGACGAAGAUGGCGGAGGCAGGAGGAGAGCAUGCGAGGGAUGCGGAGGAAACGCUUGUGCCAAAAACAAAUAGCACCUCUGCUAUUUGGCAGUACUUCGGAUUCAAAAAAGAAGACAACCUACAGAGUCAGGUAUUGUGCAGGACCUGCAGGGCGGUUGUUGCAACAUCCAGAGGUAACACCACCAACCUCCAUCACCACCUGCUGCACCACCAUAAAGAGCUGCACGAGCAGUUCAAGGCCAGUCAAUCGAGAGCGCCUAGCAGCAGUAAAGCAACGCGACCAUCACUGCAGCAACAGUCCAUUGCUCAGAGUUUUGUGAGACUGACUCCAUAUGAAAAGUCCUCUAAACGACACAUUGAAAUAACAGAGGCCAUAACCCACUGUUUGGCGAAGGAUAUGAUGCCCACUAACACCGUGACCAGACCCGGAUUUCUGAGUCUAGUUCACAAACUCGAUCGACGAUAUGAGGUGCCAUCACGGACUUAUUUUUCUGAUGUUGCUAUUCCAAAUCUGUAUGAAAAGUGCAGGACGACGGUGGAGUCGGAGCUGGACCAGGUCGAGUACUUUGCCUGCACCACAGACCUCUGGUCCAGCCGAACCACAGAGCCCUACAUCAGUCUCACUGUACACUUUUUGGACCGGGAAUUUCAGCUGAAAACACGGUGUCUCCAGACACAGUAUUUUCCAGGAGAACACACCGGCGAGAACAUUGCUUAUGGGUUACGUGAAGCUUUGACCAGCUGGCAUCUCGGAGAGGAGCAACUAACCUGUGUGACCACUGACAACGGAGCAAAUGUUGUUAAGGCCAUCGAGCUUAACCACUGGGUCAGACUACAGUGUUUUGGGCACCGGCUGCAUCUCGCUAUCGAAAAUGCUCUUAAAGAUGACAGGCGCAUUGCCCGUGCUACUGGGCUGUGCAAAAAAAUGGUGGGACAUUUCUCCCACAGUUGGAAGCAGAAGACAGCUCUCAGGAGAGCACAACAGAAGCACAACCUUCCAGAGCAUGCCCUUGUCACUGAAUGCCCAACCAGGUGGGGCUCAAAACAGAAAAUGAUGGGGAGGAUCUUGGAGCAGCAGCGGGCCUUAUCUGAUGUCCUCUCAGCAGACCGAAAAACACGGCAUCUGGAUCCCUCCUGGCAAGACCUGGAGACAUCAGUUCUUGCAGGAAAAGAAGGUGACACAGAUUUAACCAAGGAUAUCAAAGCAAAAAUCCUGGACUACAUGAAUACAAAAUAUGAUGACCCAGCAACACAAGAACUUCUAGAUGUUGCAUCAUUCAUGGACCCCAGGUUCAAGAGCAGCUACAUCAGUGUCGAGAAGGUCCAAGACAUCAAGACCAGGGUGAUGUCGGAGAUGAAGGAUACAUCGCAGAAGGAGGGAGAAGAUUCUCAGGCCAAAAGUGUAAAUCCACCCAUCGACAAGAGGGCAAAACCAUCACUGGGCAGUUUGCUCAAAAGUAAUCCAGGUCCAACCUCCACCACAUUCGACAUGCAGAUGGAGCAAGCUAUUGAAGCUGAAGUCAACAGCUACCUACUGUCCCCCACCAUUGACAGUGAGGCAGACCCGUUGACUUGGUGGAAACUCCACCACUUGACUUACCCGAAGCUGAGUAAACUAGCUCGGCGGUAUCUGUGUAUACCUGCCACUAGCUCACCCUCAGAGAGGCUCUUUAGCACAUCAGGGAAUGUGGUAACAUGUCAGCGUGCAUGUUUGAAACCUACCAAAGUUAACAUGUUGGUGUUCUUGGCUAAGAACUUGCCCUGA